AUGUACGCAUUGAGACAGAAUCAUGACACAAGGCCAGUAGUUUACCUCGACAAAACAUGGGUAAACCAGAACCAUACACGAGGUUACAUAUCGCAAAAUCCAGAAAACACAGAAGGACCAAUUGGGAAGGGCGCUCGACUCAUUGUAUGCCACGCUGGUUCACCUUCAUUUGGAUUUGUAAAAAAUUCUAAAUUGAUGUUGGCCAAUUUAGAAGAACCAUGUAUUGUUGUAAUGGACAAUGCUUCCUACCAUUCUGUGCUAUCCGAUGAUUACCCUAAGGUAAACGCGCGAAAGGCAGAUGUUCAAAAAUGGCUCGAAAAAAAAUGUAUUCAAUAUUCACCUGUAGAAACAUUAACGUUACAAAUGGGUCAUGAAGUGGUAAGACUUCCACCUUACCACUGUCAGUACGACCCAAUUGAGCUGAUUUGGGCGCAAGUCAAGGGUGAAGUCGCCAAAAAGAAUAGCACUUUCAAGAUGGCAGAUGUUGAAGUGUUGGUAAACAAUGCAUUAGGUGAGAUCACCAAAGAGGCUUGGAAAAAAUGUGGCGAACAUUGCAGCAAACUCCAGGAUGCAGAUUUUGUAAAGGAAGUGUUAAAGGAUGAAAUGUUAGAGCCCAUCAUACUUUCCAUAAAUCCCGAUGAAAGUUCGACUGAUGAAGACGAAAACGACGAUGACAAAUUACUUGAUUUGUAA